GAUGCUGGAUCAAUAUGCCUGCGAUGCGCGAGAAGGCUUUCCCGAAUACGAGAGCCGCAAUGUCGACCGUUUUCGCGAGCCGUGAAGCAACGCCAGGUCCAGAUUGCAAUAUCCAGAGAGGAAGAGGUCGAUAGGAGAUUCUUCUGGGCAAAUGCUUUCAGAAAUGGACAAGAGAAUGGGUCCAGGAAUCUGAGUCAGCCUUCGAGGAGCGAUGCGCCUGGCGAAACGAAAUCUAUAUCUACGACAGCAGACAUCACAUCAUCUGCAACUGAAGAACCACCACACCGAAGACGAAAGCGAUUAAAAGCGGCUGCAGCGGCGGCGGUUAAUGAUUCGGGAGAGAUGCCACUUCCUCCAGAUGCGUCCUCUCAAUUGUCCAGAGAUGCGGCCGCGGCACCGGCAAAAUCACUACGACGAGUGAUUUCAACAUAUCUAGCCCUCUCUAAACCACGACUGGCUUUCCUUGUCGUUCUCACAGCUACGGCAUCAUAUUCCAUAUAUCCUGUGCCAACAUUGCUGAGCACAUCCGUUACAGACGCUCCAUCACUCAGCACGCUUACACUCUUAUUCCUCACAAGCGGGACAUUUCUGCAGAUUGCCUCCGCAAAUACUCUAAAUAUGCUGUUCGAACCACAAUACGAUGCCAAAAUGAGUAGGACGAAGAAUAGGCCCCUUGUACGAGGACUCAUAAGCAAGAGAGCUGCACUCGUGUUCGCGAUUGCAACAGGUAUCAUGGGAACAGGGCUGCUAUGGUAUGGAGUCAACCCUACCACCUCCACCCUCGGAGCUACCAACAUUGGGAUAUACGCAUUUGCAUAUACAUUUUCGAAGAGGUUGCAUCCAGUCAAUACCUGGAUUGGGGCAAUUGUGGGGGCGAUUCCUCCAUUGAUGGGAUGGUGUGCCGCGGCCAGUCAGUACAGUACCACAGACGGAACGCAGGGAUCGGCAUGGGAUGAAGCAAAAGAAUUGUUGUUCACCGAACAGGCCAUUGGAGGCUGGUUGAUAGCUGGCAUACUCUUUGCCUGGCAAUUCCCGCAUUUCUUCGCGCUGGCAUAUGGUGUACGGCAGGAAUACGCAGGCGCUGGAUACAGGAUGCUGGUAUCAAGCAACAUGCCGAUGGCCGCAAGGGUAUCGUUCAGAUACAGUUUGGCAAUGUUUCCGGUCUGCGUGGGGCUAAGCUACUACCAAGUCACAGACCCAGCCUUUGUGGUCACCAGCUCGAUCAUCAAUGCCUGGAUGCUGAAGGAAGCUUGGAGAAUGUUGAGGCUGAAUGGCGAGAAAGGCUCUGCUCGGGCGCUGUUCUGGGCCAGUGUGUGGCAGCUGCCGAUUGUGCUUGUGCUGGCGAUGGUGCAGAAGAAGGGCCUUGCAGGGAGGGUGUGGAAGGGUGUGUUUGGUGAGGAGGAGGGCGAUGAGGAA